AUGGCUGGUCCAGAGGAGGAGAUGCCCGCUGCGGUCCAGUCCGCGGGCGUCAAGCGGUCGUCGGUUGAUAUCGAGAGCUUGCAACGGAAGAAGUUCAAAGCCGACGAGCUCCCCUUGACCGCGGCGCAACAUGGAGCUAUUGACAGUCUUCUUCACGCAUUCAAGAAGAAGGGAGGAUUUGAUACGAUUCGGAAGAAAAUGUGGGCUGAAUUUCAUGAUGGGGAAGGAAAGGCAGAAUUUACUAAACUCCUUAUUGAGCUAGCAGAGUCGGAGAUCGAGCGUGAGCCCGAGCUGCUCUCUCGCGAGCGCGGAAAAGCCGCGACGUUGAUCGAAGGAGCCGUGGAUCGCAGCGAUAUCUACAAGACUGUGGAGAAAUCACUCGAUGCGCUGGCCUCAAACCACCUCCCCGCGAUUCUAGAUUCAGUCCGAGAGAUACGUCGUCAGGAAGUUGGCGAGGAGAUCGCCGCGCGAGAGGAGCAGGGCGGCAAUAAAACCGACGAGGACUUUGCGGCACAUGUCAAAACGAAACGAGACGAGCGCGAGAAAAUCCACCAGGAAGAAAUGCGCAAGCAGAGAGAAAUUGAAGAGGAGCAAAAGCGACGCAAAGCGGAGGAAGAUCGCAAACAACGCGAGCUCGAACGCAAGAAGGAAGAAGAAGAGCGCGCACGGAGAAGAGAACGAGAGGAACAGCGUCGCGCGGAACAACGACUUCUUGACGAGCAGAGGGAAAAGGAACGCCAGGAGCGAUACGAACGGCGACGACGGGAAGAGCGAGAAAGAUUUCGGGACUAUGAUCGCUAUCGGGACCGUGAUCGCAGCCGCACUAGAGACCGAGAUUUCGACCGUUACCGUCGCGAUCGGUCUCCUGGGUACCGCUCCGACCGUGCCAUAUCACCACGCCAUCGAGAGUCGCGGAAGGAGACGUCCGAGACGCCCAAGGAGCCAACACCCGCUCCUCCCGUGGACGAGAAGUCGCUGGAGGAAGCCGCCUUGCAGAUGUUGCUGAAAGAAGGCGAAGAGCUCGCAGCCAAAGCACGGCAGAAACCCGAAUUCGAUUUUGAAGAAGCAGAAGCUAUCGAGAACGGACUGAAACCGCCGCCGAAGCCUAAGACCUCAGACUCACGCUACUCCAACACCCCAACCAAGUCGGGGAGCCCUGCUGUCGAUGUCGAUGCGCACAGACGACGGGGAUCAACGGCAGACGAUCGUCUAAAGCCUCGGAGACGCGACAGUCGCAGUCGGUCUCGAAGGAGGUCCUCGCGAUACGAAGAUGAUCGGCGCGGCUCCCGCGAGAGGUCAGCUCGGCCGCGCGAGCGCGAGACUGACGACAGACUUCCUAUUCGCGACUUCCGGCAUGAUCGGUAUGGUGAUCGGAGUUAUCGACCAAGUCGCAGGAGCAGAAGUCGAUCGACUACGCGAGGGUAUGAUCGUGACAGGGACCGUGACCACGACCGGAAUCGUUCUCGAGGUCGGUACCGCGAUAGAAGCCCAGACCGCCACAGGGAACGGGAGUAUGACUCGUACCGGGGCGACCGAAGUCGAGACCGAGACAGGAGGGAGCGGGACAGAGACAGAGAUGUCGACAGGGAUAGGGAGAGGGAGAGGGACCGUGACCGUGAUCGCGAGCGAGAAGAUUACCGCCGCCGUCGCAGCCGGUCUCGUCCCCGGUAUCGUUCACGUUCUCGUCGCCGAUCACGCUCUCGUUCUCGGCGUCGGGAGAGAGAUCGGGAAAGGGAGCGUGAUCGUUCUCGUGACCAUGGUAGAGAUCGUGACAGGGACAGAGACAGAGAAAAGGAGAGGGAAAGAGACAGUGAGCCAGGCCGAACCCGAGAGCGAGAAAGAUCCGCCUCGCGUGCUUCUGCAUCCUCUCGCAGACGAUCUCGCUCGCGGCGCCGCUCUCGAUCGCGACGACGAUCCCCAAGUCUUCUUGAUAUCGACCGCUACGUACCACCGACCAGCAACCGAAGCCGGUCUCCUCGGCGACGGGUCCGUUCCCCAGAGCGCGCCGAGCGUGAGCGAGAGCGGGAACGAGAGCGUGAACGAGACGACCGGCCACGCUUUGUAGAGAUCGACCGGUAUAUUCCUGGUGGACAGCGGGAUCAGGAGCGCGAAAAGGAGGCGGAACGAUCCCACGACGCGGAUGAUCGCAGGGCUCGAAGGUCAAGUCCCAGUCGACGCAGGAGUCGCAGUCGUUAA